CUUUUAAAGUUGGUAAAACCCAAUUUAAUUAAAAUAACAACAAUGAACCAUAACGAAUUAUUGUUGGAGAAAAAUAAUGGAGUUAGGAUUAUAAGAAUAAACCGUCCGAAAAGAAAAAAUGCAUUUUCUCCUAAUAUGUACAUUAAGUUUGCAGAAAUUUUAAAUAACGAUGCCAAAGAUGAUUCAAUAGUUAUAACCAUUAUAACUGGAGUAGGAGAAUAUUUUUCCAGUGGAAAUGACAUUAUUGCUUCUGCUAGUAACAAUAAUAUCCAAGAAGGUCUAACAAAACCGGUAACGAAGGUGACGAGUAAUAAAAGUACGUACCUGCUCCAACAGAAUCACGUAGAAUUUUCUGGAACAACGACAAUAAAUAAACCACCUACACGUUUCCAGUAG